CAGUUGUCCACAUGUCACUCUGGAACUCCCACUCUCAAAGCGCCCAGCAGCGGCAGAUAAUGUUUGGUUUUUCGCUGUGAAACUCAGUCCCUGCUGCAAUUCUAGAGAGAGAAAGUCUAUGUGACUAUGCAUAUAUAGGCAGAGAGAGACUGUAGAAGCUUGCACAGAGAGAGAGAGAGAGAGAGAGAGAGUUUCUCUGAGUUAUAGCAAUGGUGGAGGGAGAGAAGGUGGAAGAUGGGGUUGUGAUAGUGGAUCCAAAACCUAAGAAGGGGUUGAUUUCGAAGGUUUUGGAUGGCGUGGAGAAGUUGAUUGUAUGGGCCAUGUACGAUUCUUCGAAGCCGAACUACUAUCUCUCCGGGAACUAUGCACCAGUUUCAGUGGAGACGCCCCCUUGUCAAGACCUCAUUGUUAAAGGAUAUCUACCGGAUUGCUUGAAUGGGGAGUUUGUUAGAGUUGGUCCCAAUCCGAAAUUUGCUCCUGUGGCGGGCUAUCACUGGUUUGAUGGAGAUGGAAUGGUGCAUGGCAUGAGAAUCAAAGAUGGCAAAGCAGCCUAUGUUUCACGCUUUGUUAAGACAUCACGCCUUAAGCAAGAGGAGUUCUUUGGACGAGCUAAAUUUCUGAAGAUUGGAGACAUCAAAGGUGUCUUUGGACUUUUCUCUGUAUACAUGCAGGUGCUUUGUUCAAAAUUGAAAGUCCUAGAUAUUUCAUAUGGAACUGGAACAGGGAAUACAGCUCUCAUUUUUCAUCAGGGGAGACUUUUGGCUCUCUCAGAAGCAGAUAAACCAUAUGUAAUUAAGGUUCUUGAGGAUGGUGAUCUGCAAACAAUUGGGUUAUUGGACUAUGACAAGAGAUUGCAACAUUCCUUCACAGCUCACCCGAAGGUUGAUCCUUUCACUGGAGAAAUGUUUACAUUUGGGUAUUCACAUACGCCACCGUAUGUUACAUAUCGUGUGAUCACUAAAAAAGGUGUGAUGCUUGAUCCGGUUCCCAUAACGAUAUCAGACCCUGUCAUGAUGCAUGAUUUUGCCAUCACUGAAAACUAUGCGAUCUUCAUGGAUCUGCCUCUGUACUUUCGACCAAAGGACAUGGUAAAGGGGAAGCUUGUUUUCACGUUUGAUAAUACAAAGAAGGCUCGUUUCGGUGUACUUCCACGAUAUGCAAAGGACGAACUUCAGAUUAGAUGGUUCGAGCUUCCAAACUGCUUCAUAUUCCAUAAUGCCAAUGCCUGGGAGGAUGGCAAUGAAGUUGUUCUGAUUACUUGUCGUCUAGAGGAUUUCGAUAUGGAACUUGAGACCAACUCUUCAAAAGAUAAAGUGGCAAACUUCAAAAAUGAACUCUAUGAGAUGCGAUUCCAUAUGAAAACUGGUGAAGCUUCUCAGAGAAAACUAUCAGAGUCUGCUGUGGAUUUUCCUCGGAUUAACGAAAAUUACACUGGCAGGAAGCAGAGGUUUGUUUAUGGGACUACUUUUGAGGGGAUCACAAAAGUGAAAGCAAUUGUCAAGUUUGAUUUGCAUGCUGAACCUGAGACCGGUAAAACAAGGCUUGAAGUAGGAGGAAAUGUGCAGGGCAUCUUUGAAUUGGGCCCAAGACGAUAUGGUUCAGAGGCAAUAUUCGUGCCAAGGGAACCUGGAACCACCUCUGAAGAGGAUGAUGGCUAUUUGAUCUUCUUCGUGCAUGAUGAGAACACAGGAAAAUCAGAAAUCAAUGUCAUUGAUGCAAAAACGAUGUCACAGGAGCCUGUGGCUGUUGUCGAACUCCCCAAGAGAGUUCCAUAUGGAUUCCAUGCCUUCUUUGUCUCUGAGGAGCAACUUCGACAGCAAGCGUAGCUUUAACUAUUAUUGUAAGUAUUACUACCUCCAAGUUGUAUCCAUUACAGUGUUUCAGGCACAUUUGAGAGCGAUUUCAGCUUAUCCAUCUUCUCCUAACUCUGUAAAUCAUAAUAAAACAGGUCAUGAUAAUGUACCCCAGGGAUUAUUAUAAUAGUAAUUGCUAAUAGCUGUGGAAAACAUGGUCCCAAAAUUGUUGAAAACAUGCUUAUUUCUCCAAAUAUAUUAGGAAAAUGUUAUCUCAACAUGAUAUAAUUUGGACCUUUUGUGUUUGGGU